UUCAGUAUUAUUUUUUACAUUUGUAAGAGUAAAAAAAAGUAAAAUUGUCAAGUGUACAUAUAUAUAGAAUCAACUACUAUAAUGGCUGAUGCAAAUUAUGAUAAUGGUGAGGUAAUUACUCAAGUGAGGCAGCAAAUCGCCUUGGCGAAUGCCCAGGAGAUGCUCUCCAAGAUGACGGAGAAGUGUUUUAGGAAGUGUAUCUCCAGGCCCGGCAAGGCUCUGGAUGGGUCUGAGCAACGAUGCAUUACGCAGUGUAUGGAUCGCUUUCUGGACACAUGGAACCUCGUCUCGCGCACCUACGGCAAUCGCCUAGAGCGUGAACAGAACGCAAUGCAGAGCGAAAAUGCUCUAAAUUGAACACUAAUUGAAUAUAAAUUGAAAACGUAAUAAAAGAGACUUCCGAGUCGUGUGUAGUUCGCAA